AUGAGUGGUGAUCGUGGUGACGUUAAAGAGGACUGUGUGAAUGACUGGAAAAGAAAGUUACCCACACUUUGUGAGGGUUAUCAUGAAAAGGGCAUAAUGAACAUGGACAAAACUGGGCUUUUUUACAGAGAUACUAUGCGUAACACAUUUUACUUUAAAGGGGAUGAUUGUGCUGGAGGCAAACGUUCGAAGGAGAGAAUAACUGUUGCAUUGUGCGCACGUUUGACGGGAGAGAAAAUGAAACCAAUUCUCCUGCAUGAGGUCAAGGAAAUAAACAGGCAACCAGCAAUCAGUGGUUCUGAACUUUUGAAACAGUUGAACAUUUUGAUUGCAAUCUACUGGAUUAAUAACUCUUGGUCGGAAGUGGAAGAAAGCACAAUACGGAAAUGUUUUGUAAAGUCAGGCUUCGGAAAGGUCAGUGAUGCUGAUAUUUCUGACAAGGAAAGCAGUGAUCAAUCUGUGAACAGCGACACUGUGAACCGUGAUGAUGAUGACUCAGAUGAUGACGAUAUCCCUCUAGCCGCAAUGAAAAUGUCUUAUGGACUGUUUGGUUGUUCAUUUCAAAAUUAA